AUGACAGCGACGCCUUCGAUGUCCUCCGCGACUUUGUCCAGCGUGCUGCCGUCGGCAUCCAGCGAGACGAUGCUGGCAAUGCGGGGCGUCCCUGUGACGCUGGCGCGAGCACAACUGCUGACAUUUCUCAACGAAGGCAUGGCCAAACUCUUCGACUUCGUGUUCAUGCCCCCCGAUGCGAGCUUCAGUGCCAACAAGGGGGUGGUCUUCAUCAACUUUAGGGACCCGGAGAGGACCGCCGACUUCUGCAAAGCCUACCACGAAAAGAAGGUGGCCGACAUCCCAGAGUUUGUCCCGGUCGAGGGCGGCUUUGAGAAGCUGCUGGUUGAGCCCGCCAACUUGGCCAUCGUUCAGGCCAACAUCAUCCGCGUGCAGGCGCCGCCUUCGCCUGAGGAGCACGACCUGGACCGCUCGCGGUGGCAGCCGCUCCUCUUCGCGCCAGACGGGUCGUCCUCGGCGUUCCCGACCAUCUCGUCCGAGGGGAAGAAAAAGAGCGACAGGACGCCGAAGAGCGACAGGACGCCAACGCCAGUGGCCAAAGGUUAUGGCCAAACGCCGCCAAGUGCAAUGCACAGCUCCAUGAUGCUAGGCCCAUUUGGGCCGAUGCUGCCACUGAUGCCACCGAUGAUGGCUGCGACGUCUUCGGCAUUCCCAGCCACUGCUUCCGAAGGCAAGAAGAGGGGCGACAAGACGCCGAAGCCCGGGCAGACCCCCAAGGACGGUGGCAAUACGCCAAUCACCGGCGCAGUGAUGAUGACAGCGACGCCCUCGAUGCCCUCCGCGACACUGUCCAGCGUGCUGCCGUCGGCAUCCAGCGAGACGAUGUUGGCCGUGCGUGGUGUGCCUCCGCCAGCUAGGCUCACGGUGGCGGAUUUCCUGGCGUUCCUCAACGAGCACGUCCCGAAACUAUUCGACUUUGUUUUCCUGGUCCCUGAUGUGGAUUUCAGAGAAAACAAAGGGGUAUGCUUCAUCAACUUUAGGGACAAGGAGAAGUCCGCCGAUUUCGUCAAGGCUUUUCACGAGAAGAACGUCGCCGAUGUCAAACAGUUUGUUCCGAUUGAAGGUGGUUGGCCGAAGUUGUUGGUGGACGCGGCCAAGAUUGGCAUUGUGCAGGCCAACAUCCUUCGCGCGCAGGCACCGCCACCGCCCGAGGAGGCUGCUGUAGACCGCUCGGUGUGGCAGCCCCUCCUCUUUGGACCAAGCGGGGAGUCCUCAGCGUUCCCGACCAUUGCUCCCGAGGGCAGGAAGAAGGGCGACGGGACGCCGAAGCCGGAGCGGAAGACGCCCAGGGAAGGUGGCAGCCCGCCCCUCGUGGGCGCGAUGGAUGGCUUCAUGAUGCCUGGGCCGUUUGGGCCGAUGAUGGCAGCGACGCCAUCGGUGUCCAGGAAAGCCAGCGGCGACAGGACGUCCGCGCGCAGGGGCGGCGGCAUGACGCCGCUCGGAGGCGGAAUGGAAGGCUUCAUGAUGCCUCCGCCGUUCGCACCGGUGAUGCCGCAGGCGGUGGCGAAGCCACAAGCGGUGCCUUCCACGCCGCUAUCCAGCAUCAUGCCGUCUGCAUCUGGCGAGACAAUGUUGUUCGUGGGAGGCGUGCCUCUGGCCAUGGAGCGCGCAGAACUCGUGUCGCUGCUCACUGAGAAGUACGCCAGGGCUUUCGACUUCAUCUUCCUGCCCCCUGGCCCAGAGUUCUCGGGCAACAAGGGCAUCUUCUUUAUCAACUUCAGGCUGAAAGAGUACAUAGAUGAUUUCCGCAAGGCCUUCCAAGAGAAGAGCGUGGCGGAAUGUUUCCCAACGUUCGCUCCACACGAGGGCGACGAGAAGAAGCUGUGCUCGGUGAGGCCCGCCAACCUCGACAUCGUCGAGAGCAUCAUCUGCCGCCUGCAGACCUCGCCCCCGCCAGCACAGCGGGGCGUGGACCGCACGCAGUGGCAGCCGCUCCUCUUCUCGCCGGACGGGGAGCACCUGACCUUCCCGCUGCUCGUCUCCCCCGGCGCGCGCGGCUCGAGGACCCCCAAGGCCGCCAGGACCCCGACGGCCGCCGGGACGCCCCAGGCGGCGGCCACGGCCGCGGACGCCCCGCCCGGGCCGGCGCGGGCGGAAGGGGCGCCCGCCGUCGAGCCCGCGGUCGCGCCCGAGGCCGCCGUGCGGCCCGAGGGGGAGCCCCCGCAGGCGAAGGGCAGGAGAGGGCCCGGCGGCAAGGGCAAGGAGAAGGGCGCGGGCAGAGGCAAGGCUUCACCUUCUCGUGGUAUGGACCUGCACUCUCCGAUCGGGGCCUUUGGUUGGCCACCGUCGCCGUUUGGGUUUGUGCCCGGCUUUCCGUAUGGCAUGCUUCCGACAUCACCGAUGGGGGUGCCAUCGUACCUUUGUCAGCCGCGCGGCAACAACAAGGGCCGUGGCAAAGACGAGGUCAACGCCGCGGGUGCCGGCGGCGAUCCUUCAAAGCUCUCUGCCGAGGACAAGAAGAAGAGCCUCAUGAAGCAGGUGGACUUCUACUUUUCGGUGGACAAUUUGUGCAAGGAUGUCUUCCUGCGUCAAAACAUGGACCAGGAUGGCUACUGCAAGUUGGAGUUCAUUGCGAACUUCAACCUUGUAAAGAAGAAGUACAUGGCCUCCGUGUCCGACCUAGCGCACGCCGUGGUGAGCUCGGUACUCGUAGAGCUGAGCAGCGACAAGACUAAAGUUCGGCUCAGGGACAGCGAGGCGAGACAGAAGUGGCUGUCUUAGAUUGUUGAUGGUAUCUUCCAGAGCGAGCGACAGCGAUCCCUGGCGGCUUGUAUGGGCCUGCCUCCUUGUCGCCCCACCUCUCCGCCUCCCUCGCUUGUCCAGUUGAGCAGUUUGUUUCCACCACGUGUUUUCUGGUCUUAGCCACCCUCCUGCUAACUUCUCUCGUUCCCGCAUUUCCCCUGCACCCUCCUCUCCCUCCUCCUCCUCAUCCCCUCCCCCUCUGUGUGCUGUCUGGUGGGUGUUAUAACUUUUCGCAGGAGCGCUCCCGCGUGGCAGGCAGGCCGAGCCAAUGCCACCGCCCGCGAGUUUCGGCGGGCUUCGCCGGAGGGAUCUCCCUCCCGCGCAGCGGCGCGACGCCUCGCCGUGUUCGGCGACCACAGAGGACUUGGGCGGCAUCCCUCGAGGGGCGAGUGCUCUUUCGGCGUGCGGUUUUCGCCUGGAGGGUGAUUACUCUAGCGUGUUAGGUCGGGCAUGUCCCUCUAGAGGAAGAAU